AUGAUCAAUAAUAAUAAAGAAACUGAACUACUGAAUGAAGAAGUAAAUAAUUACGAAAUAGAUUAUGAAAUGUCAAUUGAGGUAGAUACCGAUAAUGAAGACUCAAAUGAAGACUUUUUAGAUUAUGAUGAAGAAUUUGAUGAUAGAAAAUUUAUAAAAUCAAAGCUUAAUGAAACGAUGGAAUUUCCUGCAAAGGAUACAGAUUUCUCAGUAGACGAGGCGCCGAAACAACCUAGACUUUCUAAUGAGCACCCAAAUAUGCGAAAUGUCGUUUCGAGCAUUAAAAAAAACAUAAGUGAAGAACAUGAAGAAUGGUUUACAAAUUGGUAUCAAAAUGUAAUAGAAAGAAAAACACAAUUUAGUCAUUUUAGAGAAGUUGAAGAAUCAUCUAAAUGGUUUGAAAAAUCAAUUGCAAAAGGAGAAAUUAUAUAUUACAGUUUUAAAGAUUAUAAUAAUAUUUCUGAGGUUGGAUUUGGUGCAUUUUCUACUGUUUAUGUUGCAAGUUGGAAAAAUACUGCAUAA